ACUCAGCUGCCUGGCUGUCAUCACGAUGGGGAAAUCACGACUGGGAUUCGCGGAGUUUCUCCUUCAGUACUCCGUACAUGCGCAUUAUAUAAUAGAUAUUACAUGCAGUUAUGUACUAUUGCAUCGAAGUAGCCAGGGUACCUGCUUUGAACAAUUGGGAUCGGACCCAUUGGCGGCGUGGUUUGCCAUGGAUCUUGUCAGCAAGAGGGCGCCUGCGAGUGAGACAGAUCUAGGGUUCAGCGAAAAAGUCAAAUUGAACAAUGGCAAGUGGGGAUAUAGGAAAAUGGUCAGCUUAACGGAAUACAGAGUUUCUGGAAUGACCGGGGGACAUGGUUAUAGACGGCCUAAGGCUAGCCAUGCAUGAUACACCCCCCUAUUCAUGAAAACCGCGUCAUAAUUGAUUUCUGUUGACUUUUUUCUUGUUGACAUAUGACCUCUAGGGAGAAUCCCUUGCUUGGAUGUGGCGGGGUCAAAAUCUGAGAACGUGGACAUAUCAUUGGCGUUACACUUUUGUUCGUAUGGCGUUGAUUUCGGCGUUGAGGUAUAUAGGAUAGAUAGGAUGCGGGCUUUUAAGGGCACAGAUUUCCUAGCAUAGCAAC